CCUAGGCCAAUCCUUUGUACAUUUUAGCUGACUAAUGAGUUUAGCCUUUCCUAUGAUCUAUCCUGCCCCUGUAAUUAUUUCCUAACAGUUCUUGAACUUUUCACAACCAAACUCAUUGAACAACGUUUUUCUCUUUCAAUUUGGUUGGUCACUACGAGGAGCAACCUCUUCUUGCCGAGUAAUUACAGUAUUGGCUUGUUUGGUGAUUGUAAAUCAUUUAGUCAAAUCCAAAUGCAGCAGAAGAGUGCGAGCCCUGUUGAUAAUUCAACAUCAACAGCCCCUCCAAAGCUUAUACUCUACUCCUUCUGGCAGAGUUCUUGCUCUUGGAGAGUCCGCUUUGCUUUGAAUCUUAAAGGGCUUCCGUAUGAGUAUAGAGCAGUAAAUCUUAGCAACGGAGAGCAAUUCAGCCCAGAGUUUGAGAAAAUAAAUCCACUACAUUAUGUUCCUGCGUUGGCUGAUGCAGAUUUGGUGGUAUCUGAUUCAUUGGCAAUAUUGCUGUAUCUGGAGGAGAAGUAUCCCCACAAAGCAUUAAUGCCCGUUGAUCGUCGACUACGAGUCCUCAAUCUUCAGGCUGCAAACAUUGUCUCCUCCAGCAUACAGCCUCUGCAUAUGGUAUCAGUGCUGAGGAAUAUUGAGGAAAAAUUUGGUUCCGAAGAAAGAUCAUCAUGGGCUCAAUCUAAGAUAGAGACGGGCUUCUUUGCUCUUGAGAAGUUGCUAAACAGCCUUGCUGGGAAAUAUGCUACAGGAGAUGAAAUAUACUUGGCUGAUGUAUUUUUGGCACCGCAAAUUGCUGUUGCAAUAAAAAGGUUUAAUAUUGACAUGUCUAAGUUCCCUACAUUGAGCAGGAUAUUCAAUUCAUACAAGGCUUUACCAGAAUUUCUUGAUUCUCUGCCCGAAAGACAACCCGAUGCGGUUAAUUGAAAGCUUUGAGAUGAUGACCUGCGAAUCUGCUGUUGCAAAGUGCAGCUGUUUAUCUACAUAGGCUCCAAUAGUUUCAAACUUGUCAUGGCUGAGAUAUUAGUCUGUGUCUCCCUAUGAUUUCUGGGAAUGCAAGGAUAAUAUGUAGCAUGUCUUUCCCAGAAUAGCUAAUGUGGAGAGGCAUCAAUCAGUCUCAAUUUGUUGGACGCCUCACUCCAGCAAAUUAAUUUGGUGUUAACUUUAUCCAUUAAUCCUUAAUUACCACAAGAC